AUGGAUAAAUUAUAUGCAUUGAUGACAAUGACAUACAAAUAUCAACUUCAACUUUGCAAUGGACCUGAAAAUAUCGUCUUCAUUACGCUUAAUCAUUUUGAUUGCGUCCGUGAAAUUUUACGUGAUGAUCAAAAAUUAAAUCAAUUCUUGGACGUGGCUCAUCGAAUGGUUAUUCUAACUUAUCAUAAAAUUCCACUCUGGGAGCAAGCAAUGAUUCGAAGCUGUUUGUUAAAUUUUUUUCAGGAUUUACGUGUGAAUAUAUCAUUGUUCGUACGUGAAAAUAAGCAAACGGAUGACGGACGUUUUAUUCUUUUUCCGGAAACAAAUUAUCAAUUACCCUACAAUGGUAAACCACCUGGAAUGAUCAGAUAUUUUGACAGUGACGGAAAAACUUUUUCGGAAUCAUUCAUAACCGAUGAUAAUGUCAUUUCAUAUAAGCCAUGCAUCACAAAGGGAAGUAUAGAAUUGAAUAUGAAUGAUAGAGGUACAACAUUAGGUUGUAAUAUGUAUGUGUCACCAGAAACUUUACAGGUAAAAAAUGAUGGAAUAAUAAUGAAAUCUGAGAAUCCAUUACCAGAUGAUGAGUUACAACUAUUAUCAGCACUAAUUAUCAGUCCUCAACGAAAUCAACAAAAAGGAUUUGAAUUGAGUUUAUUUACGGAUGAAAUGGAGGAACAAACAUUUCUGCAAGAAUGUAAUAAAACAAUCACAACAAUAACUCAUAUCGAUGCUCGAAAACAUCGUAAAACAAUUACUGCAGCAAUUGCUGAUUUAAAAAUGGAAAUACCAGAAAAAGAAUCGAAAAAAGGCGAAGAAAUGCUAAAUUUAUUAGAUGAAGCAGCAAAUCGUUCAGAUAUAUCAGCUAGAAAUUCGACAAAGCAAAUUGUUUCAUCGUCAAAAUAA